GGUUUUCAUUUUUGUCUCUUGAUUGUUUUGGUUUAGGUGUUUAAUUGUAAUUCUUAAUGAUGGUGGACAACUUUUGGUCUAAAAGUUUAAAUUCACCAAAAUUCAUUGUCGGUCCAAUGGUCGAUCAAAGUGAACUUCCGUUUCGUUUACUGUGCCGUUCAUAUGAAGCUCAGUUAUGUUAUACUCCAAUGUUUCAUGCCGGUAUUUUUGUUAAGGAUCCAAAAUAUCGUAAAGAAAAUUUUGUCAAUUGUGAAAAUGAUCGACCUUUAAUUGUACAAUUUUGUGCCAAUGAUCCGGAUACCUUUCUGGAAGCAGCUAAAUUAGUUGAACCUUAUUGUGAUGCUGUUGAUCUUAAUUUAGGUUGUCCACAAACGAUUGCAAAGAGAGGUCAUUAUGGUGCAUUUCUUGAAGAUGAAUGGGAUCUCCUUAAAUCUAUGAUCUCUAAGGUUUCAAAAGAAUUGACUAUUCCGGUUACUUGUAAAAUCAGAAUAUUUCAAGAUAUUGACAAGACAAUUCGAUAUGCUCAAAUGUUGGAACAAGCUGGUUGCUCCAUGAUCGCUGUCCAUGGUCGGGUCAAGGAGCAGAAAGGAGUUCUAACUGGAGUAGCUAAUUGGAAAUAUAUCAAAGCAAUUAAGGAAAGUGUAAAGAUUCCCGUUAUCGCUAAUGGUAACAUUCAAAGUCUCGAUGAUGUUAAUAGGUGUUUAAAAGAGACUGGAGUUGAAGGUAUCAUGUCGGCCGAAGGUGUACUUCAUAAUCCCGCUCUAUUCAGUGCAAUACAUCCUCCCGUUUGGAAAGUGGCCGAAGAAUAUUUAAAAUUAGUUGAACAAUAUCCAGUGGUUUUGUCAAUCGUCCGAGGACAUUUAUUCAAAUUUUUUCACAUCUCCUUGUCGAUUGAGGAAAACGCUGAUUUGAGACACUUAUUGGCUAAAGCAAGUGCUCGCCCUCAGCUUCAUGAGUUUGUCCGAUUAAUGAAAGAGCGAUAUCAAGAGAAACUUGAAUUGGAUGAUUUAGAUUUUCAUGUUCCAAUGACAACCUUACCUUUACCACCUUAUCUGUGUCAACCUCAUUUCCGUCCAUCACCGCCAUUGAAUAAACCAACGGGAUCUGAAGAGACGAGUAAGAAACGUCCCAUUGAGAAUGACUCGGAAACCUCUAAGACUAAAAGAUUAGCCAAUGAAGCUCGUCUUCAGGCCAAAAAAGCCGCUAAGGAAGCCUCUGGACGGAAAUUACCUCUUUGUACCUCUUGUCCUAAUCCAAGAGGAGUAAAAUGUGAUUAUAAUCUCUGUAAAACUUGCUGUCGAAACAAAGUUUUCAAAUUAGUUCUUGAUUGUGUCGGUCACAAACUAAUGUUCAAAACAAGGAAACGACUGGCCGAGGAAAAAGAAGCAAUUAAAACAAAAGAACGUUCAACAAACUUAAAUCAACAAUCAACAAUCAACAAUUCGUCAACUGUUUUAACCUGUGAAUAGAAAGUUAAACUUAAUUUAUCAAUCCAAUCAACUAAUUGAUCAACAAAAAAAGAAGCUACUACAAUUAAGUUUUGUAAUAAUAUCUUAACUCUAUGUAAAUAUUUUUACUUAAUAUUUAUCUGAAAGUUUAAUGAUUCAAAGUGAUAUUCAUAUUUUAAUUAAUCAACUGAGUUAAUUCAUCACAAUUUGUUAUUGUUUAAAUUGUCAAAAUUUUCCCGACAAAAUCAACAUGCAAUUAGUCAGUGAACUAAAAUGAGACGAACGAUAAAAUUUUAUCAUUUUCUUUGUUAACUUGUUUUCAAUAAAUCUCUCUAAUUAUCCUAAUAAUUAAUUAGAAUAUCAAUUAA